AUGGAGGAGUAUUCUUUCGCAAACUCUAGAGCCCUCGACUUUUCCGUCAAUGUGAGAAUAGGAAGCUUAGAAGGACAAUAUAAUCCACCGCCUUUCUCAACGUUGCUGCAGAGGCCUGAUCUGCGUCAUGUUGGAUCAAAUACAAGCCCCAACUCUGACUUAUAUGUUACUGCUCAACUAUGGGCAGAUUCCAAACCCUUGACCGUGCCUGUGCAGACUGCUUAUCGGUCUUUCAAAAUUGGUCGCACUUGGAAUGAAUGGCUUGAGCUUCCAAUUGCAAUUUCCACUUUACCCCUAAGCUCGCAGUUGGCCAUCACAGUGUGGGAUCUGUCGCCUACUGGUGGGCAGGGAGCCCGUGGUCAUGCGAUCCCCUUUGGAGGCACUACUAUAUCGCUGUUUGACAAAGAUAGUACUUUGCAGAAAGGUCGGCAGAAGUGUAGACUCUAUCGGCACAAGGCAGCAGACGGCUUUUCGUCAACAACUACCCCUGCCGUCCCACCAGCGCAGAGGAACAGGGGCGGGCUUGGUUUCAGCAAUGGCCACGUUACCUCAUCUGAAGAGGAGGAGCUUGAGAGACUCGAAAGGCUCUUCAAAAAGCACGAGAUGGGAGAAAUUCCACGUGUCGACUGGCUGGACAAACUCGUCUUCAAAGCCGUAGAGAAGCAAAGGCAGCUAGUAGAAACCUCAGCAAAGGUAUCAUCGAAAGCAAGGAGAACAAUGUCGACUUCUGGACCCGAGGUCGAGGACAAUGACGCAGAUGCCAACGAAGAUGAAAAGGAAGAGGAAAGAUAUACGCUGUUGAUUGGCUUUCCAAGGUUUGAUUUCCCUAUCGUGUAUACUGAUCAUGAGUACGCUCCUCCUCCAAUCUCAUCUCAAGCCAGCUACGUGCCGCCGACCGGCAAUGUCAAUCUGAAACCGCCCCCCGAAGUACAGCUUGGUCCGGGUAUUAAUGGGACAGGGAACGGAGUGAGCGACGAUUAUGAGAAUGGCCCUCCACUGAUCCGAAUUUAUGACCCAGAAGUUGGUGCCAAGGACAACCCAGCCGAGAGUAAGCACAGAAGACUUGUGAGAAGUCAUCGAACUGGUGUCUUGGAUCGAGACCUCAAACCCAAUGCGAAGAUCCGAGAUGAGUUGAACACAAUCGUCUCUUACGGCCCUACUCAAGAGCUUAACGCAGAAGAAAAAGAUUUGGUCUGGAAGUUCAGACAUCAUCUCACGCGCGACAAGCGGGCAUUGACCAAGUUUGUCAAAUCCGUUGCAUGGCAUGACCAAAGUGAGGCUCGUCAAGCUGUCCAGCUUCUACCAAAGUGGACCGAGGUAGACGUCGAUGAUGCCUUGGAGCUUCUGGGGCCUACUUUUGAUAAUACAGCCGUCAGAGCCUAUGCCGUUGAUCGCCUACGAGAGUCAGACGAUGACGAGCUGCUUUUGUAUCUUCUUCAGCUGGUCCAAGCCUUGAAAUUCGAGAAGAUAUCCCCAGAGCCGCACAAUGGCAGUACCCAAGAUUCUUCAUUGGGAAGAUUCCUCAUCUCACGAGCAACGAAAAACCUGAUGUUGGGCAAUUUCCUGCAUUGGUACUUGAUGGUGGAGUGUGAUGACAGGAGUCCGGAUCAGGUUAAGGAGCAUCGAAAGCUAUUUGCAAAGGUUGAGUUCGACUUCAUGACGGAGCUCAUGAAACUGCCGGAAGGAGCAGGGCGACGAAAGACCCUCCUUCGGCAAGGAGAGUUGAUUACGGUGUUAUCGAAGAUAUCGAAAGAGAUACGCUUUUCGAGAGAAGACCGACCUCGAAAGCUACAGCGACUGAAAAAGUACCUUGCAGAUCCCAAAAAUGACUUGACGACCUUUGAUCCUCCCCUACCGCUUCCUUUGGAUCCAAGCGUUUCUAUCGUUGGCUGCUACCCAGAGGAAUCCCUUGUUUUUAAAUCUUCACUUUACCCCUUACUCGUCCACUUCAAGACUUCGGAUGGCAAGAAAUACCCAAUUAUUUUCAAGACAGGUGAUGAUCUCCGGCAAGACCAGCUUGUAAUCCAAAUAAUUUCUUUGAUGGAUCGUCUCCUACGGAAAGAGAACCUUGACCUUAAGCUCUCACCAUACCGUAUCUUAGCCACCAGCCCCAAUGCAGGAGCUGUCCAGUUCAUACCGUCUAUGAGCUUAGCCGCGGCUUCCGCCAAGUAUAAAGGCAGUAUCCUUGCCUACCUGCGCGCCAACAACCCCGACACCACUGGCGAUCUGGGUGUACGGCCGUCGGCCAUGGACACCUACGUGAAAUCCUGUGCAGGCUAUUGCGUGAUCACUUACCUUUUGGGUGUGGGAGACCGCCAUCUUGACAACCUCCUCCUCGCGCCAUCCGGACGCUUCUUCCACGCUGAUUUUGGCUACAUACUGGGCCGUGACCCCAAACCCUUCGCGCCGCAGAUGAAACUCUGUAAGGAAAUGGUUGAGGGUAUGGGUAGCUCCACCUCUCCACACUACGCCGCCUUCAAAUCGUACUGCUUUACAGCCUACACGACAUUGCGGAAGUCGAGCAAUCUCAUCUUGAACCUUUUCAGUCUGAUGGUGGAUGCAAACAUCCCUGAUAUCAAAGUGGAGCCGGGACGGGUGGUGGAGAAGGUGAGAGAGAGGUUCCAUCUUGAGAUGAGCGAAGAGGAGGCGAUGAGACACUUCGAGGGUUUGAUUGUGGAUAGUGUGGGAAGCAUUUUUCCAGUUGUCAUUGAUACCAUCCAUAACAUGAUGCAAGGACUCAGGGCCUAA